AUGCGGCUGCCGGUGGAGGGCACGGACCUGAGCCUCGGGCCGCGCUCCUGCUGCCGCUCCGGCUGCCCCCGCCACCCCGGCACCAAUGCGGCCGCGGGCUGGAGCCUCUGCGCCGCGGGGCUUAUGAGCUGCACCAGUGUCCUAGCCUGCUCCUCUAACCCCAUGAUGGCGGUGGACAUCGAGUGCAGGUACAGCUGCAUGGCCCCUUCCCUGCGCAGAGAGAGGUUCGCCUUCAAGAUCUCGCCGAAGCCCAGCAAACCCCUGAGGCCCUGCAUUCAGCUGAGCAGCAAGAAUGAAGCCAGCGGCGUGGUGGCCCCAGCCGUGCAGGAGAAGAAGGUGAAAAAGCGCGUGUCCUUCGCAGACAACCAGGGGCUGGCCCUGACAAUGGUCAAAGUGUUCUCGGAGUUUGAUGACCCGCUAGAUAUUCCGUUCAACAUCACCGAGCUCCUAGACAACAUCGUGAGUCUGACGACAGCGGAGAGCGAGAGCUUUGUGCUGGAUUUCUCCCAGCCCUCGGCGGACUACCUGGACUUCAGGAACCGGCUGCAGGCCGACCACGUCUGCCUGGAGAACUGCGUGCUGAAGGACAAAGCCGUGGCGGGCACCGUGAAGGUGCGGAACCUGGCGUUCGAGAAGACGGUGAAGAUCAGGAUGACCUUCGACACCUGGAAGAGCUUCACAGACUUCCCCUGCUGCUACGUGAAGGACACCUACUCCAGUUCAGACAGGGACACGUUCUCCUUCGACAUCCGCCUGCCGGAGAAAAUCCAGUCCUACGAGAGGAUGGAGUUCGCCGUGUGCUACGAGUGCAACGGGCAGACGUACUGGGACAGCAACAAAGGCAAAAACUACCGCAUCACCCGGGCGGGGCUCACGUCCCCCCAGGGCCCGGCCGAGCCGCGCAACGGGCCCGAUCUGGGGAUCGCCUUCGACCAGUUCGGGAGCCCUCGGUGCUCCUACGGCCUGUUCCCCGAGUGGCCCAGUUACCUAGGGUACGAGAAGCUAGGGCCCUACUACUAG